AUGGAUGAUUCACAAAAAGAGGAAGUCUCUUUGGCUGACGCAAUGGAGAAGUACAGCCACAUUGAGGGUUGUACGCCGCGCGAAAAGAUCAGAAAUGCAUAUGCCAAACUGCGUGAGAAAAACACCGCCGAGAUUUUGCAAAAUGACCCCAGCGCAACACCUUCCUCAGUAGGAGAUAUCGAGCCUUCGGUGCCAGUAGCGAUCCCAGAGACCGUGGCGCCUCUCAGCGUUAGAGUUGACAAAGAACCCCGUCAUCAUGCGCAACCAGAGCCAGCAUCGGCGCCAGAGGAUCCCUUAGAAUCGGCGGAACCCCCGCAAAAUGAUGUUCAGACUAUCCAGCCCAGCGCAUUGACGGUAAGCCAUGCUGAGCUAGUUUCCCCAGGUUCUGUUCACCUUGGACCGUCCGAGUUUGCCGUGCCGCUUCCGAUGGACUCGAGAGUUAAAGAUGAUUAUGAGCGAGUCUUGCUAAACGAAACCGAAAGCUUUUGGGAAUAUAUCAAAAACACUGAUUUACAAGAAGUACCGGAACAUGAGCAAGGGCGCCUUCUAUCCAAGAUGCAGGAGGUUCUGCAACAUCUUAGCAACGUGGCAACCCACCCUGACUUGAAUAUUGCCCAACAUAUAACGGAUACAGCACCUGAUCCGGCAAAGGAAGCUGCUUGGGCUGAGUAUUCAAGUGCCAAAUUUCUUCUCGUGAAGUACCUGGUGGAGGCUGCAACAGAUCAUGAUUUACACCUGGUCAUUACAGUUGGUGGAGAGAAGACUCAGAAGGUCGUUGAGCGUUACCUGCAAGGCAAAGGCCUUGCAUAUACGCGGCCGAGGCAUGAAAUGGGCUCUGGAACCAACAUGGAAGUUUCUAUGGCGAAAGGGUCUUUGAGUUUUGGAAUACAACUCAGUACACAUAAUGAUGGCGUGAUCGAAACCUACAAGCCUCCUGCAGCAAUUAUUGCACUUGAUUCAUCUUUGAACACGAAGAGCCCAUCCGUGGAGCAUAUGCGAACCACAUAUGCGCGCAACGGGAAUCUACUGCCUGUGAUUUGGCUUAUGGUUGCUAAUUCCAGCGAGCAUAUUGAACUCUGUCCCCCAGGACCUUCGACAUUCCCGCAUCUCGUGACAGUUCUUAAACAUUCGAUGCGUCUUCGUAAUAUGGUUGGUGAUCUCCAGGAUGAUGCUCUUGGGGUUCACGAAGAUGCAGUUGAAAUUAUGUCUGCUCUUCUUUCAGACAACUUCAACGCCUAUUGGACAUUGCCGCGAGUUGAGCCUUUGCACGAUGUGAGUUCGACGGAGCUGACACGAGAUGGUCAGAGUGAUUCCAGUGGUGGAAAUUCACAGCCUGCGAAUCAUGCCUCCCAAAAACGUCUAUUCGUAGAAGAUCCUGCGGAGUCUGUCACUAAACGGCCCAGGAUAGAUGUGUCGCAAGAGACUAGCCAAUUUACAGAUAUUUCGAAGGCUGCAACGCAGACUCUCGAUAACGAUUUGCAUGCGCUGGAAAAGAAUCUUGUGCAUAUGAGAAAUACGCAUGCAGCAGCCCUUGACAAGUUACAGAAAGCAUUGAUUACGACGCAAUCUCGUCUGCAGGAAGGGGAAAAGAUACUAGAGUCACUACAACAUCGGUAUGAAAGUCAAACUAAAGAAUUCCACAGAAUUCGACGGGAGCGUGACGGCCUGCUGGAAUCCAAGGCCGCGUCUGAUCAGAAGCUGGACAAGCAGAGAGAAGACAUUGCCAAGAUUAAAGAUGAGCGUACGCAGCUGCGACAUGACCUGGAACAAGCACGGGAAGCCCUCAAGAAUGGAGGAGGGGACGCGGCAGAAUUGGAAAGGGUCCGGGAGGAGGUCCGGCGUCUUACGAAAGAGAACGCAGGCUUGGAGCGGAAAGCUGAAUACGAACGCAAGCAGGCCGAAUACACGCGGGAGCAGUACCAGACGGCGUCCAACGUUGCCGCUCAGUCUGGGAACGAAAACCGCGUGCUCCGAGAAGAAAACGAGCGCCUGAAACGGAAAGCGGAUAGCGAGGCUGUCCGCUUACGGGAGCUGAACAUGAAGAACGAUGAGACACAGCACCUAGCUCGUGCGAUUGAAUUGGAAGCGCUUCUGGUAUCACGCGAGGACGUGCUGCGGAGAAAGGAGGAAGAGCUGCGUGAAAUUCGCAAAAACCGCCCGUCUACCCGCUCGACCAGCAGCCAACCUCGAAGUCCCAAGUGGACGGCUAGCAGCCGGCCGACAAGUCCUGGCUUCAAUAAUAACCACAACAGCAACGGGACCGGGUUCGCAGGUCGGGGUAGUGCACUGCGGUUCAGCUCGGAAAUGUCACUCUGA